CCAACCAUGAAUCUAACACUUGGGCACCAUAGAUCAUCAAACAUCUGAACCAGAAUUGAAGUUAUAAAUACUUGCAUGCUCAAUAAGCUACACAUAAAAUUAGUGAAACACAACACUGCCUACUCAUGAUGACUUAUAUUCAACUUAUUUUCGUAUGUUUCCUACUACAACAUUUUCAUGGCAUCAUAUGCAACAAUGAAACAGAUAGAGAUGCCCUUCUUUCUUUCAAGUCCCAAGUGAUUGACCCAAAUAAUGCUCUUUCAGAUUGGUUACCAAAUUCCAAAAAUCACUGCACUUGGUAUGGUGUCACUUGCUCCAAAGUUGGUUCAAGAGUCCAAUCCCUCACCCUAAAAGGACUUGGCCUCUCUGGUAAUCUACCCUCUCACCUCUCCAACCUCACCUAUCUUCAUUCCCUUGACCUUUCCAACAACAAAUUUCAUGGCCAAAUUCCCUUACAGUUUGGUCAUCUCUCACUUCUUAAUGUUAUUCAACUAGCUUUCAACAAUCUCAGUGGCACACUUCCACAACAAUUGGGUCUUCUGCAUCGUUUAAAAAGUUUGGACUUGUCUGUCAAUAAUCUUACAGGAAAAAUCCCUCAAACAUUUGGCAAUUUGUUGUCUCUUCAAAAUCUUUCCAUGGCAAGGAACAGGUUUGUGGGUGAGAUUCCAAGUGAAUUAGGUAAUCUCCAAAAUCUUUCCCAGCUUCAACUCUCACAGAAUUAUUUCACUGGUGAGUUUCCCACUUCUAUCUUCAACAUUACCUCGCUAAGCUUCUUAUCCGUGACACAGAAUAGUCUAUCAGGCAAGUUACCACAAAAUUUGGGACAUGCUCUUCCAAAUUUAAGGACACUUGCCUUGGCAACCAAUAGUUUUGAAGGGGUCAUUCCUAGUUCCAUGUCCAAUGCCUCACGUCUUGAAUAUAUUGAUCUUGCUAACAAUAAGUUUCAUGGCUCCAUUCCUCUGCUGUACAACUUGAAAAAUCUUACCCACUUGAGUCUUGGGAAUAACAAUCUAUCUUCGACAACAUCGUCGAAUUUUCAGUUCUUUGAUUCCCUUAGAAACUCCACUCAGUUGAAAAUUCUCAUGAUCAAUGAUAACCAUUUGACUGGGGAACUUCCAGCUUCUAUUGCCAAUUUAUCUAGCAAUCUAGAACAGUUCUGUGUUGCUGAUAAUUGGCUAACUGGGAGCAUUCCUCAAGGGAUGAAGAAACUUCAAAACCUCAUCUCCUUGUCUUUGGAAAAUAAUUAUUUCACUGGAGAGCUACCAUCAGAACUGGGAGCCCUCAAUAAGCUGCAGCAGCUUGUGAUGUUCAAUAAUACAUUUUCUGGGGAGAUUCCGGAUAUUUUUGGCAAUUUUACAAAUCUUUAUGAACUUGAAUUGGGAUAUAAUAACUUCUCAGGUAGAAUUCACCCAAGUAUUGGACAAUGCAGGAGAUUGAAUGUUCUCGAUCUGAUGAUGAAUAGGCUUGGUGGGACUAUACCAGAGGAGAUAUUUCAGCUUUCUGGUUUAACAAUGUUGUACUUAAAAGGAAACUCUUUGCGUGGUUCGCUACCUCCUGAGGUCAACACCAUGAAGCAACUUCAGACCAUGGUUAUUUCCAACAACCAGUUGUCAGGCUAUAUUCCUAUAGAAAUAGAGGGUUGCACUAGCUUGAAGACACUUGUGUUGGCAAGAAACAGAUUCAGUGGCUCAAUUCCAAAUGGUCUAGGGGAUUUAGCAUCUCUUGAGACUUUGGAUCUAUCAUCAAACAAUCUCACUGGCCCAAUUUCUGAAAAUUUUGAAAAGCUUGAGUAUAUGGUGAGAUUAAAUUUGUCUUAUAACCAUUUGGAAGGGGUGGUUCCUAUGAAAGGCGUUUUUAAGAACCAUAGCCGGGUUGAUCUCCGAGGUAACAACAAACUAUGUGGCCAUGACAAUGAAAUUGUGAAGAAAUUUGGACUAUUCCUCUGUGUUGCAGGUAAAGAGAAAAGAAACAUUAAACUCCCUAUCAUACUAGCAGUUACAGGUGCCACUGCUUUGCUCAUUUCAUUGCUCUAUCUACUGUGGAUGAUAAUGUCCCGAAAGAAGAAAUAUAAGGAGGCGAAAACUAAUUUGUCUUCUGCCACUUUCAAAGGGUUACCUCAAAAUAUAUCCUACGCUGAUAUUCGGCUUGCUACAAGCAAUUUUGCAGCUGAAAACUUGAUUGGAAAAGGAGGCUUUGGCUCUGUUUAUAAAGGUGUGUUCAGCAUCAGCACCGGUGAAGAAACCACGACCCUUGCUGUCAAAGUCUUGGACCUGCACCAAAGCAAAGCUUCUCAGAGUUUUAAUGCAGAAUGUGAAGUUUUGAAAAAUAUCAGGCAUCGAAACCUUGUGAAGGUUAUCACUUCUUGUUCCAGCCUUGAUUAUAAGGGAGAAGACUUUAAGGCCCUUAUUAUGCAAUUCAUGCCAAAUGGAAACUUGGACAUGAAUCUAUACACAGAAGAUUAUGAGUCAGGAUCAUCUCUGACCUUGUUGCAAAGAUUAAACAUUGCCAUUGAUGUUGCUUCUGCCAUGGACUACUUGCACCAUGAUUGUGACCCCCCAAUAGUUCAUUGUGAUAUGAAACCAGCCAAUGUCCUACUAGAUGAGAAUAUGGUGGCCCAUGUCGCAGAUUUUGGAUUGGCGAGGUUUCUUUCUCAAAAUCCAUCAGAAAAGCAUAGUAGCACUUUGGGACUAAAGGGAUCAAUUGGCUAUAUUGCUCCAGAAUAUGGUCUAGGAGGAAAGGCUUCAACUCAUGGUGAUGUCUACAGCUUUGGGAUUCUGCUUCUAGAGAUGUUCAUAGCCAAAAGACCAACUGAUGAGAUGUUCAAAGAAGGAUUAAGCCUGAAUAAGUUUGUCUCUGCCAUGCAUGAGAAUCAAGUGCUGAAUAUGGUUGAUCAAAGGCUAAUUAACGAGUAUGAGCACCCGACACGAAGUUCUAGCACAAGUUACGAUAGCAGUGGUGGGUCUAUAGGCAACAGCUAUAACAAUGAUAACACACAUUGGGUGCGCAAAGCUGAGGAGUGCGUAGCUGCUGUGAUGAGAGUUGCCUUGUCUUGUGCUACUCAUCAUCCCAAAGACCGAUGGACCAUGACAGAGGCCUUAACAAAAUUGCACGGGAUUAGGCAAUCUAUGCUGGGUAUAUGAUGUUGGUACCAUGCCUUCUGCAUAUGUUAUUUUCCUUGUCUUAAGCUAUUCAGUCAUGAAUCAAUUCUAUUUGGCAAUAUGCUUCAAUUCUAUUCAGAGCAAGAUUUGUUUGA